UCAAACUGUCUCGGACGGUCAACACAAGCAGGGAGAUGGGGACGGACUAACAACUAACAUUCACAGCCACAGAAACAGAAACACGGAGGGAAUAUUUUCUGCUUAUACAGCCGUGCUGCUCCUACCGGCUGCCCCUCGCGCCUCCCUCAUGUCCCAGUCGCUCUUUCCGCAUAGCAACCAUGCUGUCAAAUCCGCCCCGUCUCCUGGCGCCCGAGUCGCCCUACCGGCGGCCAUCAUCGCCCACCAUGUCGCCAGGAGUCCGUAAAGGCCGCGCCCUGGGAAGCGCCGACGAGAGUCACCUGCGCGAUCUGUCGCCGGAUACAACGCUGCGCGCCUUCACCCAGCGACCGAUGCCGUACGAUGUCACACGGGACGAAUACAAAAUCUUCUCAUGUAUCGAGAACCUCACGCCCGCAGAGAGAGAUCUAGGGACGCGGGUGGCCAAGGCAGCGCAGCGAUUGAAGAGCUGGUGUGACGAGAUCAGCCAGUGGGGAUGGUCUGGCUCCUUUGAGCAGCCCAGUGAGGAGUUAAUGGAGCGCCGGCGGAAGAGUCUUCAGCUGCGCAUCGAGGAGCAUUUGAAGCAUGUCCCGGCCAGCGACGACCUUGCUCAGCUAGAAUACUGGGGUUCGCUGCUGUCGGUCGAAGUACAGGCCCACGAAGCCCGGCUGGACGAGAUAAGCGACGAACUGAUAGCGCUCGAUGUGGAGGAGCUGAAGGGCCAUGUGCUGGACAUGCACCCCGGAAGCCGGUCGCGUCCGUCGUCUGCGGGCUAUGGGGCGAGCCGCAUUAGCUACAAACCUAUGGACGACUUCAACUUCCUCAUCACUCAUACCCUCAUUUCCGCGCUUCCACAACACUUCCGGCUCAAGGAGCGCCUGCAGACAUGGACGGCCCGCGUGACCGUACUUCGCGAAGCGCCUCGAUACCUCGAUGAUCUCAAGACAGCUCAGAAAGCGAUGCGCUUGGGUUGGGAAGCCCUCGGGCCGCCGAAAGACCCUUCCGAUGACGCGUUCGAGACGUGGAAGAAAACCGUCGACACAAUCUCGGGCGUCAUGCGCGAUAGAGUCAGUGACCUGGGGCGUCGGUUAGACAAGAUGCUGGACGCACUGGAGGGACAUGAAGAUUGCCUGCCUGACCGCUGGAUCGAUGUCUUCGAAGGCGUGGAGGGCGACUUUGGGCGAUGGACGCAGGAGUCGAGAAGAAAGGUCAUCGAGUUUGGCGUGCGGAGGCAUGCUAGCCCUAGUACCGACACCAGGGAACAAGGCGGGCCAGUGGCACAACCUGACAAUGUUGUUGCAACCGCACGAGCCGACAACAUUGGACGCUUAGUUGAAGAGCACAUCAGUACUUCUAGCAAAGGACACAAAAACGACCUCCGGUCGAUCACUGCCUUUAGGCCGGACAUCAAUAUUGACCAACCCCGCCUUGUACUGGAUACCGCGGUUGAUGAAACACCGAACUAUGCGGAAACAGAAGAGGUCAUCCAAGAUGAUGAGUCCAUGUUCGAAGAAGGGGACACAGUCAUUCACAACGAAAUCGAAGAGGACCAUGCCGAAGUCGUGCAGUCGAGCUCUGAAUCGAUAAGCCCUACGGAGUCGCAAAUCAUCAUUACCAGCGAGGAUGGCGCUCAGACACCUCUUCGGCCUCACACCCCUCGUUCACGCCGAGAAAGUAUGGAGUCGAUCGCUUCAGACAUGUCAUACUCAUCCAGUCCUCCCAGGGCUUUCAGUCCAUCGCCCUCUGUACGUAACACCACAAAUCGGACGGCAAGAGGUCCUCGGCCUGCCCUCAACGCAUCGAUGCCCAAACGACGAAAGAACGGGGCAGAACCAUCUGCAGAAAGCACACCAUGGCCACCAACACAGUUCUCUCACACGACUCCGACCACAGCCGACGACUUCGAGAGAAAGAUAUCCGAUGUCCUCUCCACCAUCCCUGCCCACAUCCGGCUUACGUCGAGAUACGGAGCUGAUGCUCGUAAUCCAAAAGCUUCACGCGUGGUGUCUCACAAAGGUAGUAAGGGAUAUCUCCGCGCUGCACGUUCAGUCAGCAACCUGAAGACUCCCGAGCUUACUUUGUCACCCGUGAAGGAAGAUUUCGACUCAGCUAACGUGAUCUCAGGCAGAAGGUCCAUGGCGUCAUAUCGCGUUGACACCGACAUCCGCAUGUACCACCUCACACAGCCUGGCAAGGAGCAUCCUGUCAAGCUGUUCAUCCGCCGCGUGGGAGAGAACGGCGAACGUGUCAUGGUCCGCGUGGGUGGCGGCUGGGCCGAUCUUGGGGAGUACCUCCGGCAGUACGCCGAGCAUCAUGGCCGUCGAACAGCCAGCAACGGCCAAUUCGAGAUUCUAGGCCUCGAGGUUGGAGCGGAGCCGUCGCCGCGCCCGGAAAGCGUCAUGAGCGCCCGCAACAGGCGCGUCAGCAGCGGCUCGCAGAUCAUCACCCCGAGCACCACGCCCAACAGACCGUCUACGCGCGCAGGCAUAUCGACAAACGAAGCCCCCCCGCCCAUGCCGCAUUUGUCGCCCACGCCCACCCCGACCAGCAGCAAUGAGACGUCCGCCACGCCGUCGUCGAGCGAGAGCAGGCGGUCGUGGCGCGGACAGGAAGUCGGGCUUGCGGGCCCCAAGUCGAAGAAGAUCGACCUCGACAACGAGAAAGCGGAGUGGGUCGAGGGCAUGAUGAAGCAGGCGCGCAGCGUGAGCGGGAAUCUCGUACAUCAGUUUUCACCCCAGGCGCCGCCGCAUGGUGCGCGUGGGGAGAGCCGCAGUGAGAGUCGGAGUGAGAGCAGAACGAGUGUGAGGGGGCAGUCGAGCUUUGGGGAUUUGGGGAAGGUGGGGGGCACGAAGAGGAUUUUUAUGCGUGGGAGCAAUGCGGUGCAGGAACAUUAGGGGGUUGAUUUUGCGUGGUGGGAUGGAUGGAUGCAUACAUUGAUAUACCCUAGGACUGGACUCGGAUGGCAUUUUAUUGUGUUGGCUAGAUUGGGAUGGUAUUAGGGAUAGGGAUGGCAUCACUUAGGCGUUUAUACCCUCAUGAAGGCGCUACUGGCUACGCUUCACUGGGUGCGGGAUUUUUGUUCAUCAUUUCUUGUGUAUAGUUAUCACGACAGCGGGAGCAACACAUGCCAAG